GAGCCUACGUCAAUAGUGGUGUACAGAUGGAAAUCCAGUGUCUGCUCACCCCCACUACAAGAACACGAGGCCCUUGUCAGCAAUGUUAUUGAACUAUCUUCCCACGAUGGCCAACGCUUGCAAUUCAAUGCCAUGGUGACUUUAUCAGUUUCUCACAGUGCACCGGGCCUACGGGGCUACGAAGUGGUGAUAAAAAGGCAGAUCAACAGGAAGACCAAUGAAUGGAAAGACGUGAGUGGAACCAAGGACUUGCGCCGUCGCCAAGGUAUAGAAAUUUUCUCUAUGUAGUGGAUUUAUGGCAACUAUAGAGAACCGUUUGGCAGAUCCUGCAUGUUUCCCUAAGCGGGAGGCAGGGUACGUCAUCCGUAUUGCUGAAGGGUUUGUUUGUUUAUUUUUUUUGAGAUAGUGUUUAUUUAUUAAGUGUUGCAGUUGCGAUUGCGCUGUCGAUCUGAAGCUUGUUUCCAGUCUUGAUUUCUAUAACGUCAGUCUUUUUUAGAUGGCAAAGGAAAUAAAAAAAGAGCAUAAUUAUUAUGAUAGUUACAUUUUACUUGUAUUUUUUGUCGGUAGCAGAUAUCGAAGAUGAGCACCCUUCUUACAAGGAUAUACCAGACCUUUUAUUCCCCGUUGCCCAAGCUGAUAUAAAUGAGAACUCAACAUAUGCAGUGGUUUGCCGUCUCAAAUCUUCUCCGCCUUACACCAUCACAUCUACUGGCGGUUUAUUCAUUCAUCCUGAUUAUCCAGGCGUGACGGUUACAGUCCCCGAGAAUGCUGUUGCACCCGAGUCACCGUUUACCCUGGAGUUAAAGGUUGGUGUGAUUCAAAAUAAAGACAGUAUUGACAUGCGGGCAAAUAAAAUCAGCCCCAAGGCAAAGUGCAACGGUUUCUUAUAAAUGACGAUCUAAUAAUGACCAGUCUAGAGGGCUUGACUGAAAAAUCGUUUACUGAAUAUUUGGAGCGAUCUUUUUGUUCCUUGAAUUACGUUAACGUUUUAUUUAACUGGGGAAUCCACGUCAAUUUUAACCAUAAAAGAAUAGAAUGAAAUUAACUGCUGAUGAUUACUCUUUUAAAUGGUACAGGUGCAAGAAGUUCCAAAUGAAGAAUUUAAAGGAGAAGAUGUAUUUCUUGGACCUAUUCUGCGAAUUAAUUGCUUUGAAUUUAUCCAGCUUUUAAGACCUGUUACCAUUCAGCUGCCAGUUUCUCUUCGAGACCAACAAGACUUUAAACCAGAUCCCAUUGAAUACCGUGUGAGAGUGUUUUUCAUGAAUUGCGAGGAGGAAAAAAAGGAAUGGACUGAACUCACUGAUCUUGUGGAACCGACACAGUUUGAUGCAAAGUUUGUUAGGAUCCAAGUCCAAAGAUUUUCUAGGUAAAGAUACUUAAGAAAUCGCUAGUAUUUACCAGAUAGAUGGCCAGUUGAGUCCCUUUUUGUCCAAAAUGGUGAUCCAAGUUCAUUCAACGUUGUCGGGUGCAACAUUUUAGAGCCGUUUGAACACCAUGUUGAACGGCGCUGGGUGUUGCUGGAUCUUGUUUGAACGUUCAAACUUAACAUUCAACAUCGUCAGUUAUUUCUUUUGUUCAGGUGUGCGAUGGCCUCAAUGUUGAAUGGGCGAACGCUCAAUUAAACUCGCCCCUUUUCCACGAAAAUCCCGCCUCCCACACUUUUUUCAUCCGUGACUUUCCCGAACCCCACCUUUUUUUUUGAAAAUAUACAAGUAAAAAAAGUCCAAUUGUUGCCAAAGCGAAUAAAUGUAAGAUGUAGAUAGGCCAUUGCGAUUGAUAUUUAGCCUCUUCACUUGUGCUUCACAUUUCUUGUAAAUAAUCAGCUCAGGAUUCCCUCUUCAUCUACACAAGGCCCUAUUCAACGAAGUCGGAUGAUGCGAAGCAGUGGCACUGCUUAACAACUUCUUUGCAGUUGGUGGGUCGGCCUAAGCGCACCGUUAGGUUCUUAAAAUGCGUCGAAGUAAUAAACAAAAAUGCCGGUACCUCUUUCAAAGCAUCUCUAAGUCAAAUUUUCAAACAAUACCCAUGCGAGGCGAUUUUAGUUACCAUCUGCCUGUCAGGUGGUUAGCAAAAAAUAUCAACUCAAAAAGUAGAAAAGAACGUUUUUCCUUUUCAAUCGACUGGAAACUUUUUCUUGGGCUCAGUGAUUUACGUAGAAUAAUCCAACAUUUGACCGUUGCCAUUUUAAGACUCGUAACAAUCUAUCUACCCUGCUUUACACUAAUUUUUCGAUUUUUUCGUUGUUUUAGAUAUUCGUUUAGCCUUGAGCGGCGUAAAGAAAACUCCAGAGAUUAUGGACAGGGGAUUUUAAGUUACCUUACCCGCUUCACUAGAACGCAGCCCCAAGCAGCAAGUUUCGUCGCUUACUUUCGUCCACAUAUUCCAAACAUUUUGUCCCUUAUUUGUUGCCCUGCUCACCUCAGAGAAGAGGUGAUUCAGAAUCUUGAAAAAAGGGAAGUAACGUUUGCUGAUGGCAACUCGAUGGAAGAUAUGAUACCUGGAGAGGACAAAGCCUUUGUGUUUUUGUCAGGAGGAAUGCGCCCAUUUGAUGAGGAAGACCUGGAAAGAAUUUUUCUCAAGUAAGCUAAUUUAUUGCUUAUUCAAAAUAUUUUCUUAUUUUCUUGAAAACCAACCAACGUUGACCAAAUUCGGAAGACGUUUACAAUAUCCAGAAAAUGACGUCAAUGCUGCAGCUUAAUGCCAAUAAAAUGGACUGCGGCCGAAAAGUCCUGAUAAGAGUUUGAGUUGUGUUGGUAGAUCAGUACAAAAUGGCGGAACAUACAUCACUGUGCAUGCUUUUUAAGAACAGACCGAUCUGAACAGUCAUCAUUAAUAGCUGAAUUCUCUCCGGUGACUGGACAGUUCUGUCUAAUGGUAAGCGAAAGAUUACGUCGGCACUAUAUCAUGCAUGUUUCUGUCUUACAUUUAAACAGGUUAUUAAAAGACGAUAUUAAGUUUAAGACUGAAUUGCGAGUUCUUCUCGUUGAUGACGAAGACCUAGCACAAGUGGAAUUUCGAAACACCUCGAUACACACGGACAGAAUGCGUCUGUUGUGUAAGUUUCACUUAACUUUGCCCUCUCGCAAAAUGCCUCGCGCGGUAAGUAUAACCUAUCAUUUUAAGCUUGAGCAUUUCAUCUGUUCAAAUCUUCUAUCAGUUGAAUAAUUCUAGGUCGGUUAUUUCACGGAAUUUAGCAUAUGUUUAACAAAUCCACGAGUACCGCGUUCUAGGUCAUUUCAUCAGUUUGCCAAACCGGCUAUUAUAUCUAAACACUGUUUAUCGUUAAUAAUUUCAUGAAAGCACAUAGUGUAGACUAGAAAAGCAUUUAUAUGGAGAUUCCAUGAUUUCUUAAACCGCGGCCUAAGUUAGACUUCGUUUCAAUAACCAACCAGUUGUAUUGCAACUUAAGAGUGAACGAGCAGUUUGGUCAAGGUACACUGUAGUUGUAAGUUGUUUCUUGUAGAAUUUUAGCCUGCCCAAGCAAUGAGAAAGUUACUCAAAUUGCUGCAGGUAUUAAAAUUAAAAUCAUGUCAUUAAAGACAAUCAAGACUUUCCUCUUAAUUAAUAUUACAAAUAUUAACAUUCCAGUGGGUAUUGUGAGAAAACAGCCAACAUUUCGCGACGCAACCACUGUUUUCCCCGCGAAAUUACGUCUGAGAAACGAGUGCAGAAAUUCCAUACUGAUGACGUGUUUCCACCCAGAUCUGAGUAGUGUUUCUGAUCGGUUGAAGCAAAAUUCCAUCGAAUAAGAAGCACUACCCAGAUCUCUAAAACCUCUUAGUUCAGAGUCUUUCUGACCCUCAUUCGCAAUCAAGGUUACGGUCUCUAUGCUAUUCAAAAAUUAUAAUUUUUCACCUUUUAUGCCUUUCUAGGCAGGUCAGGAUUUGAGAGAGCUUGAGCGACAGCCUGGUAAGUUUUCAGUUUUUCAUGAUAUAUUUCCACUUCUUUUACUCAAAUUUAAUUCAGUUUAGGUAGGCUCCUGGUUUUAAGAUAUUGCCUUAUGAUCUUCUAUAAACUGUGUCUGCAAGAUUAGCUUGUGACUCCGGCAUUAUCAGAACUUGUAAGCUUUAAUGGAACGGAUAUCUCAAAUUUAUUGGCUGUUCUCAAGACUUUAGAGGGUCUUUAGAAGCUUGCCAGUCAAUUUUCGGUUUGGACGGUCUGUGAAGUCUGUGCAGUUGAGACAUCGAAGUCCACCAAACGUGAAACCACCAUUCACUAACAGCCAUCCUAUGGCGCUAGCUUACUCACAAUCCCGCACAAUCAAUAAAUAACACUGUAUGAAGAAGAGCAGCAGUGGAAACGUCGUUCUUUUAUUCGGGAGUGUCCGUAUCGCUCUUUGUUUGCUCUGAAUGUCUUAUUUGUGUGCAUGCCGUAUUCGCCACUUUGAGGUUGCGCGGGAGACCGGGGCGAGGUGGUUUUCAAAGGGCAUUGUGGGACUGUUUUGACAAACUUGGCGCCAUGUUGAAAAUGCGCGCCCCAAAACAGUCCCACAAUGCACUUGACAACCAUCUCCACCCGGUCUCCGCGCAACCUCAAGGUAGCGAAUUCCAUCGGUCCAAGAGAGAAUAAUGGAAGAGAGAGGGAAACGCCCAGUCUCCCUAUCCCUUCACCAAAGUUAUUCCCUUCACCAAAGUUAUUUUUAGACCAAUUAUACGCUUGAAUUAAUCGGAAGUCGGUUUCCGAAGAGGGCCGCAAACUUUCAUUCAGUGUUGUCAGGAGAGAAUUUAACAGUCGCCAUUACAAUAUUCUGCAUUUUUUGUUUUGAGGAAGUUAACGCGUGGACUUGAUGACAUUUCAAACCGACCAGUGCCCUAAGAUUCCCCCUUUGUCUCAUUACUCUCCCUUGGUCGGUCUGAAGAUGGCCAUGAAGGCAUCGAUUGCUUAGCAUGUUGAUCGUUUUUCUUUCCACAGAAAUCAAAGAUGGCAGUCCAUCACCCGAUGAACUGGAAGGUCUAUCAGAAGAAAUUAGUGAGAAGUGGAAAAAGCUUGGUCGUCGGCUACAUUUCGGUGAAGCACAAAUAACAGAACACGACAAAAACAACGAUAAACUUUCUGAAAAAGCAUACAAAUUGCUGAUGGCUUGGAAAGGAAGGGACGCCUCAGCUGCAACUUACAGUGUUUUGCACAAAGCACUGUCCGACGUAGAACGCAGAGAUUUAGCACAAGGGUUUUGUUGUCAGUGAAAAAGGUAUUUUGCCAUUUUCUUUACAUUAUAGAACUACUGCAGCCGGAUAUUGAAAAGUUAAAAGAGGCCUGUUAAAAGUUUGCAACGAUACGUGCUCUUGAAUGCCUUGACCUGGAAUUUCAUCGUGUUGAACGUUUCAUCCACUCUCAUUUCGUGUUAUGUGGUCUUUUACUAAAUCUAGCGAAAGCAAAAAAAAUAGGUUGAUCCCAAGUUAGAUAAAUAGCUUUAUUUUUCGUAUUUACUGCUCCCAUGCUCACUUAAAAGCCAUUUCUUAAACUGUGAUAAGAGGUCUUAGCCAAUAAGAUAUGUUUCUAAUGUAAAAGAAAAAUCAGGCAGUUCAAUUAGAGUUUGAUUGGAUGGGUUUCUUGGCACUUUUUGUCCGCCUUGUUCAUGUCUUCAGCUUUCCCGCCUCAGUCGUCCCAUAAGGGUCGGUUUCUAUCUGUAAAGUUUUUAUCUCUAUCGAAAAUUUCACACAGUCACAAAGCCUGCUUGUUGGUUUUCUGAUAUGACUGAACCAACUCAUUUUCAAGUCGUGCAUUGAAAAUUAAAAAAGUCUGUUUCAGCCCCAAAGUACCAAUUUAGCCCUGCAGGGUAAAGUCUAAUUCAGCCUCCACUGAGCCAUUUGAGCACAAUUUAAGCCAAGAGAGCUCAAUCAAAAGCCUAUUCAAGCCCUAGCUAAUUGGACUGAAUUGACCUUGAUAGGGGAGCCACAUUAGACCCGAAAAUUGCGCUGUAUUAUGCUCAUCGAAACGGCCCAGAUCUUUCUGGUUUACAUGCAGUGUGCGUAAAUUGUUCGCGCGCACUGUUACCAGUAUUCCCUAUGUCUAAUGUCAUGGCUACGUCAACGAGUAAACUUUAUUGUCUUUUCCACAGUUUAUGGAGAGGAGAGAGAGAUAAUCACAAGGUACGUUUUUUCCUUUUCUUUUAAAAAGCGGAAAAAUUCCUCAGUCCAGCGAAAACUUGGGAGCCGCUAACCUGAGUUUCAGGCUUGGGAGAGCUGGAGAUUUGAAAAGACGAUCGCGGAAGAGGGCGGGGGUGUGGGAAGAGAAAUAAUGAGGAAAACUGCAUGACCGUAAAAGGUUGUUGAGUGGCCAAUAUGAAUCAAACCCUUCAAGGGUAAAAGAGUCCGUGUCUAUUCGCCAGGGCUUUUUUUCCCUUUACUCGCUUCCCUCUUUGGGCCUAUUCUUCUCGUCUUCUCUCUGCUGCGUUUCCCUUUACUGCGAACCCGUCAUAAUUCAUUUGGGAGGGGUGGGGGGUGACUGGUAAAAGGAAAAUGGAAGGGACUGCAGUGGUUUCUCUGACUUGGUUUUUCAUUUUGUUAAACCAUACUGUUAUGUGUCAUUAGUUGUGCAAUCAAACUGACGCACUCUUGUUGUGCUUUCUUUUACAGAGGGGUUUCGUACUAUUUUCCGACUUCGAGAGAAGGAACUGGAAAAAAACUGAACAGACCAGCAAAACUGAGCAAUGAAUUUGAA